GCCGAACGCAAGAACGCGCCCUGUAUAAACGCCUCCCAACACCUGCGGUGGGAAAUACCUUGUGGAGAGCAGCAGCUCACACUCAGACUAAAUAUAGAUCCAUCGCGAGGGAACCCGGACACCGUGCCUCCCCACGCGCAGCACAGCUCGUUUAUCUGCACGUUGUGAUUAGCUGGAAAGUUUGAUCAUAUCGGCGAUACCUUCCUGUUUUUUUAAACAUAAGAUUUUUUGGACAACUGGAUUUCUUUCUUACAUUAUCCUUCAACUACAACUAAAGCGCAUUUUUAACUCGUUGUUUUUGGCAGCGCGCACACGCUGUCCAACAAGUGCGUGCUCGAGGCUCAACUGCUGCGUCUUAAGAAGCGAUCGAGGAGAACACAGCCGUAUGGAGAUCACCGUCUAACGACCCGGAGAUCGAAUCGAUCCACGCAACCCCCGCCAAACACGCACAUACUUUGUCGCAUUGAUAAAAAUGCGCGUUUGUUUGACGCGCGUCGUGUGAGCUGGUGGAUUAUGUGGAUCCGCUAGUUUCCCCGCCGAUGGAGCCGCCGUAAUUCGCUGUCUUUCUCAUUUUUACAACAAACUCAAGAGCUGGCGGUUUUCUUACAUCGUGAAGAUCCGAACCCGAAAGCCUUACAUCUAGACCACCAGUGACCUGUGAAGACUUGUGAAUUCCUGCACCUGGUUUCUUGGAGAGGGCUGCGCAAUUGCGCACGCUGCGAGAGUACUAUCGGACCUUUCCAUGGAAAUCCACUCCACGCGUGAUCUCCAGUGAGGGUUUCAGUCCGAUCUGAUGUGGGGUAAAAAGUUGCCGUCUGGACAGUAAAUCUCAUAUAUGAGGAUCCAUACACACGUGCUGGUCAAUAUAAAUCGCAAAAAUGCCUAUGCAUCCGGUGACUUCCACUUUGAUGUACCGGGGGAUCUGCACCAUCCCUGAUAUCCUGUCGUACCGAGCACCGGUCAACCUGCCUGAAGAUGAGGUGGAAGAAAUCCGGGAGGCGUUUAAGGUGUUUGAUCGAGAUGGGAACGGCUUCAUCUCAAAGCAGGAGCUUGGCAUGGCCAUGCGCUCUCUAGGGUACAUGCCCAAUGAGGUCGAGCUGGAGGUCAUCAUUCAGAGACUCGACAUGGAUGGUGACGGCCAGGUGGAUUUUGAGGAAUUCGUUACCCUCCUGGGGCCCAAACUCUCAGCUGCUGGGAUGCCUGACAAGUUCAACGGAACCAAUUUUGAUUCUGUGUUCUGGAAGUGUGAUAUGCAGAAGCUGACUGUGGAAGAGCUGAAGAGACUCUUGUAUGACACCUUCUGUGACCACCUGACUAUGAAGGACAUCGAGAAUAUCAUCAUGACAGAGGAGAAUCACAUCGAAAAUCCGGAGGACUGCCAGGUUGACAUUGACACGGAAAGUCCGACCCAGCAGGUGAAGCAAACAUGCGUACGGAAGAGUCUGAUCUGCGCCUUCGCGAUCGCUUUCAUCAUCAGCGUCAUGCUUAUCGCAGCCAAUCAGGUGCUCCGCAGUGGCAUGAAGUAACCGAAUGGACCAUCCUCAGCUCAGAUUCAGUUCAACACAUAACAGUGACAAAAAUUGCAAAAAAAAAAAAAAAAACUAACAAAACAAAAAAAAAAAAACAUGCACACACAAACUGGAGCAGCUGAGUUCGUUUUAUUAACCUGAAAUCCAAAUGUUAUGACUGAAAUAUUUUUGAGACGAGCUAUAGCUUCCACUGGAGAUAAUUAUUCAUAUUUGACAGCAAAUGUAAUGCACUCAGAUAUAUAAACGCACACAUACUGUGUCUUACCCAGAAAAGGUCUGAUAAAAGUACACGAAAAGAGAGAAAGAAGACGUUUAUGCUGUAAAGGACUUUUAAAAUGUCCCCUUCAACCGCUCUCUCUCCCUCUUCGGUAUGUUUUGGGUGAGUUUAGCCGCAUGGACAUCUCCAACCGAGGAUCCUACUCUUCAAUGCAUGACGAUGCAUGGAUUUACAAUAGCCUGGAUGUACCAGUAGAGCUCAGCUGUGCAUCCAUUCACCUAUAUAUUAGACCCCAAAACAAAUUUUCCGAAGAAAGACCCAUCUUACACGUACGAAGAGUUGGAUAUGCAGCGGAGGCCGUUUCUGACGUCUUUUACAUCCAAUAUACUGAUCCCUUUGCAUGAUAAUAAGGGCUGUUUAGGGCAUGCUCAUGUCAUGCAACGUUAGUCUUGUGUUUGUCGAGUAACUAUUGUUGGUUUUUACCUUGUUGCACAUGCCUGAGAUGAUUGUAGUAGUUCUCCAUAUGGCCAAAGGGGGCAUGAAACAACCCAAAAGCGAUACUAUACCACUAGUGACAUACCUGUAAAGUAUUAAAGGAAUAGAUCACCCAAGAUUGAAAUCUGAUCAACUUCAGGUUGAUUGCAACACUUGCUCACCAAAAGAUCUACUGCAGUGAAUGGGUGCCGUCGGAAUGAAACUCCAAGAAGCUGAUUAAAACGUCACAGUGAUCCACAAGUAAUCCACACCACUCACGUCCAGUCCAUCUAUUAACAUCUUGUAAAGCAAAAACCUGCUUCACAAUCCGUAAUAUUAUUUUCUCUCAAGUUGUCUUGUCUAAAUCAGGAGAGCAGCAUGCACGGAUCGAGCACAGUGUAUAAGUGAAGUCCAAAACUUAUAAACAAAUUUGAUUUUGUAGUGAGAGGAAAACCAGGCAUGGAUUUUUCCCCGUAUAAAGCACCUUUGAACUCAUAUUUUGGCCUGAAAUUACAGUUUUCAAGUUAAAAGGUCUUAAUUAUGGGUUUGUUUCUUACAAACAUGCAGCAUUUCACUUCACGAAACAUGAAUGGAUGGAUCGGAGUCAUUCAGGGGUUUUUUUGGUGGAUAUUGUGAUCCUUUAUCAGUUAUUUGGACUCUUUUUCUGAUGGCACCCAUUCAUUGACGAGCAAGUGAUAUAACACUACAUUUCUCCGAAGAAGAAACAAGCGAAUUUAGUUUUUGGGUGCGCUAUUUCUUUAAGCGUUUUACAGUACACGGAUUAAAGCGAUUUUCUUUUCACCUGAAAUACUCUAUGCAUUUUCAGGCUAACCGUUUGAACGAUCAACAGCGCUCGACGGUGCAAAUGCAACUGUUACAUUUUGCGAACAUUUGCACUGUAGUUAUCACGCGGAGUUGAUAAUUAGGAGCUUUUGAAUCGAAACGACGCGACCGGCAUGAAAUGAUACCAAAUGAUUACGCUGACGACGCAUUCUAAAAGGAGCAUUUGUUUUCUGAACGCAUCAGGAAACGAUUCAGUGGUUGUUUUUGAACCAAAUCGAUGUCCAUUUAAGCUUAUCGCCAAACCUAAAUGGAUGAUCAUGAUGUUUUUCUUCGUAGUAAGGAAUAUGUGUAUUAAUAUAACCUGAGAGCAAACACUGUGGCAUAUCAGUGUUUCACUGCUGUUUUCGAAAUAUAUUGUUCACAUGUCCACAUGAAUGUGCCAUUUGUGACAUCCUUCAGUGUUUUCCUGGGAAAUAUAGUAGUUGUGUGCAGGUCGACAUGAUGAUAGCGAAAAGAGUAUCUUAGGUGCGAAUAAUGUUUCAAAAAUGAAUGUCAGGGUUUGAAUAUGUAUCAGCUGUAAGUGUGUCAUUCUGUUGAAGGGCAUUUUCCAGGGUAUAACAUUAGUUUUCAACUCUGCCCAGGGCCUGAAUUGAUUUAGCCGUUAGUUACAGCACCAUGAAACUCUUAUAUUUGGAUGUCCAGGUAUAAAUGAAAUAUGCAAUGGAUGGAAACACCUGUCUCAGCGCGCACACACACGAGUACUACGAUCGAGUGACGCUCAAAGAGGAGUCACAGGACAACAAUGUACAGGUUUCCCCCAUUACACAGGCACGAUAACUCGUUCAUUAAUAGAAACGCGGAAAGCUAAUAACGUUCCUGAGCCGCGAGCGAAAUAUUAUCGCUUGAAAUAGCAUAUUAUCUUUGACCAGAGAAUGGCUGUUAUUCAAAACCCAUCCAGAAUAGGAAUACCUGAUAAGGAAAUUCUCAUUAUAUCAUUACCGGAUUGGCUGGUAACCCCGUCUGCCCCAGAGUUUUAUUUGUGCUCGGUAAAUCAGAUCCAGCUGAAUUAAUUAUUCACAAUAGCUGCUUAUUAAAAAAAAAAAAAAAAAAAAUCAAGAAAAGCAAAGCCGUGUUGAAGGCUAAAGAUCUAUUUUUACUUGCUCUAACCCUUGAAAAUGCUUUUGCUGGUAUAACCAGUUAUAAUGAGAUUUAAUAGAUCUUUAGUAAUGAAUUUAAUGCAAAAUGCAAGUUAAUAAUGUAAGGUUGGAGGUUUAAUAUAUUAUUAAAUUAAAGUAAAUUUUCACCAUGAGUUAAGUUACUUCAUGCAUGUUACCAGUUACCUUAAUUUUAACUUUCAUUUUAAUUUAAUUGAUAAAUAAAUUUUUUUAACCAUGAAUACAUUUUUAGCUUAAAAAAUGCCCAGUUUAACAAGGUUUAUUAUUAUUAUUAUUUUUCACCCAGAAUAAAACCUGAUAAUUUAAGGUUUAACA